AUGAAUGACAAGAUAUCCAUUUUGCCUCCUGAACCCAUCCAACUACUUGACGAAGACACUACAGAGCCGGAAUUCGAAGUUGACUCACAACAAGAGAAUGAAGAGCCUACCAGCACGUCAAAUAGCAACGGUAGCAAUAGCAACGGGAGCGAUUGGGGCACCUCAAUUAUCAGAACAAGACCUAGACGGGGCAGCUCUAUCAAUGCAAACUUCAGUUUUCAAAAGGCCCACGUCAGUGAUUGCACUAUAAUCAAUGGAGACCACGGAACGAAGUUUGCUGUUUGGAGGAUUACCGUUUUUCUUGAACCCAACUUGACAGUUUUCUCUGCCCAAAAAGAAAGCUAUAAAAUCCAAACCUAUAGACGAUACUCAGACUUCGUCAAACUACGGGAAAAUUUACUAACGAGAAUACAGACAGCUAAGCCCGAAAAACUGCACUUUCUACAGAUUCCCCACCUGCCUCCCUCUGUUCAGUGGUACAGCACUUGGAAGUACCAACAAGUAAACCUAAACAAAGAUUGGCUAGCCAAAAGACAAAGAGGGCUCGAAUACUUUCUCAACCACGUCAUUCUCAACAGCGGGCUGGUAGAGAUUGCCAAGGAUAUACUCAUCCAGUUCCUAGAGCCCUCGAAAAUACUUGCAUAA